AUGGACGCCUUUGGUCUCCUUUUGAUGGCCUUCUCAUGGGCUUUGAUGCUUUUGCCAUUCACCCUCUACAAGACUGCCGACAAGGGCUUCAAGAACCCUUCGCUCAUUACCAUGUUCAUUGUUGGUGGUCUUCUCCAGAUCUCAUUCAUCGUGUGGGAAUGGAAAUUUGCCUCCCACCCUCUCAUGCCCAAGCGAAUCCUCAACAGAUCCCUUAUCUGCUUUUGCAUCAUCGACUUUAGCUACUACUCUCUGGCUACAUUCACAUACUGGUCCAACAUGAAUAGUAUCACUGUCUGUGCUGGUUUGAUCCAGAAGUACACUCAUCGAUACAAGUACCUUCAACUUUUCGGUCUUUGCACCCGACUUGUCGGCCAAUCUCUCGUCUACACUUCCACCCGAGGCCACACUGGCGACGCGAUGCUCAUCAUGGGUCUCGUCCUCAUCUCUAUGGGUGGUGCCUGCUCCGUCGUUGACUCCCAAGUAGCCACCCAGGCCUCGGUCCCCCACACAGACCUCGCCCUCGCCAUGGCCCUCCUCGCCCUCUGGACCCGUAUCGGGGGCGCCAUCGGUUCCGCCAUUGCCGCCGCCAUCUGGGCCAAUCAGCUCCCCAAACACCUCAGCGCCAACCUCGGCCAGUACAUGAACUCUACCCAGCUCGACGCCAUCUACGGCUCCAUCACCAAAGCCCGCGCUGUCACCGAGCACAGAGACCUGCUGAGGAAGGCGUACCUCGAUUCGGCGUGGUAUCUGGAGCUGCCUGCUUUGGUGUUGUGUGUUUUGCCCAUUGCUGCGGGACUUUGCAAGAGCAACUUCUUCCUCAGCGACACGCACAAUGCGAUUGAGGAGAAGAAGGUUGUGUUGAGGUCUUUGGAGGAGACGGAUGAGCAGGUGGUCAGGGAGAAGGUCAAGUAG